AUGAGUAUUUUCGGACCUACCAUAUCUUGGGACCCUCGUGAACCGCUCCCACGCGAGCUCCAGCGUCAAAAAGGGAACCUGGCAGCCAGGAAAUACGACGCAAGUUCUCGCAAACGUGGUAUCACUGGAAAUGCCCCAUUUCAGGUCAUGAGCUACGUACAGGCUCGACCAAAAGAUCUAGCAGCAAAACAAGAUAAAUUACCAGAUCUUACCACAGAAGAAGAAGGACAGAACCUGCUUGCGCCUUGGUCAGUCGAUAUUGACGCAUCUAUUGUGCAGGACACCGCUAGUGUCCAGGUCACUCAAGUGUUUUGGAACAACUCCACUGUGCUCAUCCCUCAAGGAACGUACACGUUCCCUCUUCCCACAGGAUGCAGCGUGACAGAAUUUACCUGUCAGGUUGGGUCGAGGGUAUUGAAAGGAACUGUGAAACCCAAGAAAGAGGCCCAAGAGGCCUUCAAUGACCAUGUUGCCGCUGGCCGCAUGGCAGGCCUGUUAAACCAGGACACAACAGAAAUCUUCAGCGCUACGCUAGGCAACAUUCCCCCAGAUACAAGAGUGACGGUCAAGAUAUCCUACAUCACAUUGUUGAAGUAUCACUUGGUCUCUGACGAGGAGAAUAAGGAGACAUCAACAUUUACCAUUCCGACCUGUAUUGCCAGCCGAUACGGACCGCAACCAAAAUUCGCAGGGACAACCACCACAGUUCUCAAGCAGGGACUCACUCUAAACAUCAAAGUUCUAGAUUCUCGUGUCAUGCACGCGAUUCGAAGCUCUACUCACAAGAUCAAGGUCGAGGAGCAGGCUCAGGUUCGAGCUGCGAAUAGCUGGGCAGACCUAGCCGAUCAAAAUCCUGGCAAGGCACUCUCAGGCCAAGCAUCAGUGGUGGAGCUGGACCAGGGUCUUAUGUUUCUUGACAAAGACUUUGCUUUGGAAAUAGUAGUUGAUGGCGGUAAAGGAAAGGCUGCUCCUCAGGUUUGGAUCGAACACCACCCUGUGGAUCCUAAUCAGGCAGCUUUGAUGGCAAUUCUUCCGCCUGGGCUUCUAAACCAAAUACCAAAGCCCCCGGCUCGUCAGAGGGAGAUUCUAUUUCUCGUGGAUCAAUCCGGUUCGAUGGGGGAUAAAAUAAAUUCCCUCAAAUCAGCCAUGCAUUUCUUCCUCAAAGGCAUUCCACUGGGAAACAAAUUCAACAUUGCACGUUUCGGUUCAACCUUUACAAGUUGGUGUCCCCAAUCAGUUCAGUAUUCGGGGGAAAGCCUUGAAGCAGCCUUGGCGUAUGUGUCAUCCUCUAUUGAUGCCAACAUGGGAGGAACUGAAAUCCUUGGCGCAGUCAAGUCAAUACUAGGGUCCAGAGACACCAGGAUGUUGACGGACAUCAUUAUUCUUACUGACGGGCAAGUCUGGCGGCUCGACGAGCUACUAGCAACGGUGAAGGACGCGAGGAAAGCAUCAGGUAAUCGAAUUCGCUUCUUCUGUCUCGGUAUAGGUGAACGGGUUUCUCAUGCUCUCGUGGAGGGCGUCGCCAGCAUAGGAGGUGGUUAUGCAGAAGUUGUCCCGGCAAGUGAGCAAAACAGCUGGGAAAGCAAGCUCUUGUCUAUGGAAGCUGCUUCGGUGGAAAACGACCCGAUUGAGGAAGUGAAAAUAUACCUAGAAACAUAUGAGGGCAAAGCAAUUCAUUGUCCGACCAGCGCCAUGUCUCCCUCCGAACUGCAAAACCUCAAUCCUUUUAUUCGCAAUCGCGUCUACAUGCUGUUAGAAUCAGAGAUGACCAAGGAUUUUCGGAGUCUCGUCCUUGCCAUCACUUUACCGGAUGGGACACAGCCGGAGCAAAGAUUUCCCCUACAGAUACUGCAUGGCCGUGACACGACCAUUCACAAACUUGCUGCACGCUCUCUCUUGCACGAUUUUGAGCAUGGGCGGAAUGAGGAUUUCGUUCGUCUUCUGGGGCAAGAUACAUUUGAUGCUGUCGCCAGUCUGGUCGACCACACGCUCUCCAGGUCUCUCUAUUUCACGAUCGCUGUGACCCUCAUUCUAGAGCAGCAUUUCGCAUCCGAGAAGCAGUUCUGGCACAUGAUGCACUCCAAAGCUUCCACUCAUAUCAAAGACGCCCAUGACCGAGUUACCAACCACGAAAUGGAAGUCUUCCGUGACAAGUUACGGCGUGUAAGAUCCCCAUUACAUCAGGUCGGCAUGCAGCUUGAACAGCUAAAUGGCAAACGCGGGACGCAAAAUAUGCCCUCUGAGUGUGCAGAUCAAGCUAGCACACGCCUGCGGGAGACGCCUCUAGGUGAUCAAGCUGUUAAAGACCACCAAAACAUUCAUGGUGAAGUAAUUGCUCCUGGAGGGGAUCGGCCAGAAGAUCCUCCGAGGGCAGACCCCGUGACUCGGCAGCCUCGCCGAGUAAUUGAGAUUGCACCGUUAGACUAG